AGCCAUGGCUCUAAAAGGACAAGAAGAUUAUAUUUAUCUUUUCAAGGAUUCGUCGCAUCCAGUGGAUUUUCUGGGUGCAUUCCGAACGUUUUACGUGGAUGGGUUAUUCACUGAUAUUACCCUUCAGUGCCCUUCAGGCAUAAUCUUCCAUUGUCACCGAGCUGUUUUAGCUGCUUGCAGCAAUUACUUUAAGGCAAUGUUCACAGCUGACAUGAAAGAAAAAUUUAAAAACAAAAUAAAACUCUCUGGCAUCCACCACGAUAUUCUGGAAGGCCUGGUAAAUUAUGCAUACACUUCCCAAAUUGAGAUAACGAAAAGGAAUGUUCAGAGCUUGCUUGAAGCAGCAGAUCAGCUACAGUUCCUUUCAGUAAAGAAGGCUUGUGAGCAGUUUUUGGUGAGGCACCUGGACAUUGAUAACUGUAUUGGAAUGCACUCCUUUGCAGAGUUUCAUAUGUGUCCAGAACUUGAGAAGGAAUCUCGAAGAAUUCUGUGUUCCAGGUUUAAGGAGGUAUGGCAACAAGAAGAAUUUCUGGAAAUCAGCCUUGAAAAGUUUCUCUUUAUCUUGUCCAGAAAGAAUCUGAGUGUGUGGAAAGAAGAAGCUGUCAUAGAGCCAGUGAUUAAGUGGACUGCUCAUGAUGUAGAAAAUCGAAUUGAAUGCCUAUAUAAUCUGUUAAGCUACAUCAAUAUAGAUAUAGAUCCAGUGUAUUUAAAAACAGCACUAGGUCUUCAGAGAAGCUGCCUACUAACUGAAAAUAAGAUCCGCUCUCUGAUCUACAGUGCUUUGAAUCCUGUGCAUAAAGAGAUUUCCCAGAGGCCCACAGCCACUAUGUAUAUCAUUGGCGGCUAUUACUGGCAUCCUUUAUCAGAGGUUCACAUAUGGGAUCCUCUGACAAAUGUUUGGAUUCAGGGAGCAGAGAUACCAGAUUAUACCAGGGAAAGCUAUGGUGUUACCUGUUUAGGACCCAAUAUUUAUGUGACUGGAGGCUACAGGACAGAUAACAUAGAAGCUCUUGACACAGUGUGGAUUUAUAACAGCGAAAGUGAUGAAUGGACAGAAGGUUUGCCUAUGCUGAACGCCAGGUAUUACCACUGUGCAGUCACCUUGGGUGGCUGUGUCUAUGCUUUAGGUGGUUACAGAAAAGGAGCUCCUGCAGAAGAGGCCGAAUUCUAUGAUCCACUGAAAGAGAAAUGGCUUCCUAUUGCAAACAUGAUUAAAGGUGUGGGAAAUGCUACCGCCUGUGUCUUACACGAAGUCAUCUAUGUCAUUGGCGGCCACUGCGGAUACCGAGGAAGCUGUACCUAUGACAAGGUGCAGAGCUACAAUUCGGACAUCAACGAGUGGAGCCUCAUCACCUCCAGUCCACACCCAGAAUAUGGAUUGUGCUCAGUUCCAUUUGAAAAUAAGCUCUAUCUAGUCGGUGGACAGACCACGAUUACCGAGUGCUAUGAUCCUGAACAAAACGCCUGGAGAGAAACAGCUCCCAUGAUGGAGAGGAGGAUGGAGUGUGGUGCUGUCAUCAUGAAUGGCUGCAUCUAUGUCACCGGAGGCUACUCCUACUCAAAGGGGACAUAUCUUCAGAGCAUCGAGAAGUAUGAUCCAGAUCUUAAUAAGUGGGAAAUAGUGGGCAGUCUUCCGAGUGCCAUGCGGUCUCAUGGAUGUGUUUGUGUGUACAACGUCUGACUGAGCCAUGGGAUUGACCAGGUGAUCACUGUUGGGGCAGGGAGGGAGGAGGUGGUCCUAGUAAAAAGAAUACAGGGCUUGGAGUCCCUUACUUGUUUUUGUGGUCUGACAUGUGACAGGAGAUUGGUAAAUUUCAAUUCCUAACCCUACCAGUGAUGUAUGGUCAAAACCUUAUGUAUAAAUAGAGUUGAAUUGGUAGAGUUAAGCUCCUAAAAUUUGUUUUUCUAAGGCAGUAUGGAAUAGUUGACACUUGGUAAAAACCUUUAUAGUGAAUCUUUUAUGCCUGGUAGUAUCAACACUGGGAACAGGUCAAAAUCGUUCUGUGUAAUGAAACGUCCUUUAAGAGCCUGCGAUAUAAUAGAUAGUUCUGUUUAGCAAGAAUUUGAAAUACAAGAGGGAGUCUUUUCUACCUCUACAAAAAUCAAUGCUUAAAAAAUAUUUUUUUUCCAGCCA